UCCAAGUGCCGGUAUUGGUCAACAAAGUGCUUUUGUGCGUUGUAAUUAUUAUAUUAUAAAUUGAUAAAUACGUGAUAUUAUUAAUAAUAAAUUAUAAAUCAACUAAUUAUUAAAAUAAAAUAAUUAAAAUGACAAGUUCAGUCAGUACAAAUCCAUCAACUUUAUUGCCACUUGAAUUGGUUGACAAAUGCAUUGGAUCAAGAAUUCAUAUAAUCAUGAAAAAUGACAAAGAAAUUGUUGGUACUCUUCAAGGAUUUGAUGAUUUUGUAAACAUGAUGUUGGAAGAUGUCACUGAGAGUGAAGCAACACCAGAAGGUCGUCGAGUUACAAAACUUGAUCAAAUUCUUCUCAAUGGCAAUAACAUUACUAUGUUGGUUCCUGGUGGAGACAUGCCAGAUACAUAAACAACAUAAAAAACAACAUCAAUAUAUUUUCACAUCAAUCAACAAUUGAUGACAAUAAAUAAAUAAAAUAAUUGAUAUAAUAAAUAA